CCUGAGUCUGUUAUCCACCACUGCGUCCCACUCAAGUAGUAUUUCCUGGGGCUGAUCAUCCUCAUGAAAACCGAUGAGCGUGUCGUAUGAAUCAGACGCCUCCCACGAGAGCUCUUACUUGGACACAUCCGCCGCGGGCAGACGUUCUAAGCGUAGACGCAUAGAAAGGAAGAACUUGUCACCGGAUGUCCCGGAAAGUUCAUUCGGAAUAACGUCACUAGUGGAUGCCCUCGAGCAAGCACUACGGGUCCCGGGUGACCACUCCUUUGACACCCUUGUCGAAGAUGUUCUGCCAGAGCUCCUACACGCGGAAGCAAAUCUACGAGUCGGAGCUACAUACCGCUCCGACGACAACGCGAAACCCCUCACAAGAGCAGAAGCAAGAGAAAUCCUCGAUGAGAUAAUGGCAGAAGGCGGCGACCGCUUACAGACCUUAUUGACUUCCUUGGUUACUCGAAAGCUAUCCACGCAUCCUAGCACGUUACGUUCUAUGAUACUCCGGAAGUCUGUCCUCCACACUCCGGAGACCGUGACGCCUCUACCGCCUUCUCGUGCCAGUCCUACGAUUAACCCACAGGUGCUCGACGCUCUGUAUGCCAUUCGGACGACUCCCUACGAAUACUCGUUCCUAUCUCGUAUACAAGGCUUCCAACCUGCCCGCACACCGACAGCUAUCGCGGUCGACUGGGAGACACGAAGCCCCUGGAUGGAGCUGAUGAGCGACGUUAGGGACCAUUACUCUCUUAUGCAUUCUGAACGUGAACAGCCUAUCGAAAAUGUAGCUCCGAUCGAAUAUGUCAGCCUACGACCUGAACACCUGCCUCAAGUACACGACCUAUUCCGGCGCACAUUCUGGGAAGGAAUCAGUGUGAGCGACGCACUUGAGUACUCCCCAGAGAAAUGUACAGUGGUUGCAACGUACAAAAAGCUCGUCGUUGGCGCCGCCUUAUUAAGCUCACCGCAGGAGACCUACAUCACCUACCUCUCUGUGCGCGCAGGAUGGGAGAACUCACAGAUCGCCACGACCAUGCUCUACCACCUCAUCACGCUAAAUCCGAACAGAGAUAUCACAUUACACGUCUCCAUCAACAACCCGGCAAUGCUCCUUUACAACAGAUUUGGGUUCAAGGCAGAAGAAUUCAUUGUGGGCUUCUAUGAGGAUUACCUCGACCCGCAAUCGCGCGCGUCGAAGAACGCCUUCCGGCUGCGACUGCGAAGAUAAGCGCGGCGGCUGAUUAAUCCAGCCUCGCUCGUUUGGCCUUCUGUCGAGGGUUCGGAGGCGGCGGCGGGGUGUCGUCAGCCUCAUCGCUA